GUGUCUUACUUCACCUCGCUGUCCAGACAGGAGGAGUUUGAACAGAAUGCCAAGGCGGUCAUCCCGCUGUUUUCCAUAACGUACUUCCUGACGAUAACCUUUUCGAUUGUCUCUUGCCUCAGACUGAGCUGUGUAAGAAAUAAUAUCUGGCUUGCAAGCUGUGGAGUGGUUUCUGCCGGCUUGGCUGUGUUGAGCAGCUUCGGGCUGAUGAUGUACUGUGGGGUGCCCUUUGUCGUCACUGUGGCGAACGCACCGUUUCUCAUUCUAGGAGUUGGUGUUGAUGACAUGUUCAUCAUGAUCGCUUGCUGGGAGAAAAGUGUCAAGGAAGUAGAAAAAUCAGACACUAAGGCCCGGAUGGGUGAGACUUACACCGAGGCAGCGGUUUCUGUUACAAUUACCACUCUCACAGAUGUUCUAGCCUUCUUCAUUGGCACCUGGACAGCUUUUCCAUCUGUGAGAUCAUUUUGCCUUUACACGGGCACUGCUUUUAUCUUCUGCUAUGUAUACACACUUACCUUUUUUGGGGCAAUUCUUGUACUUAAUCAUAAAAGGGAGAAAAAAGACCGCCACUGGAUAACUUGCAUGCCUGUGAAAACAGAUGAAAAUAAGUCCCGCUUGUACAAUGUAUGUUGUAUAGGCAACUGUUCCGGGGAGUCACCUGAGUCAGAACCAGAACAUCCAAUGAGCAAAUUUUUUGAAAGAUACUAUGGUCCUUUCUUUACCAAUAAAUGGGUCAAGCUGCUUGUGGUAUUGCUGUAUGGAGCAUACGUAGGGGGUAGUAUUUAUGGGUGUACUCAGAUCAAGGAAGGCAUAGACCUUCGAAAUCUGGCUACUGACGACUCUUACGUUAUUCAGUACUAUAAUGAUGAUGACAAAUACUUCUCAGAAUAUGGACCCAGGGUCAUGGUUGUCGUCAAUGGAAGUGUAGAGUACUGGAAUGAGUCUGUUCGAGCGGCCAUUGAGAAUUGCAUGGAGAACUUGGAGGACAUUUCCUAUGUAGAUAAGAACCUCUCAGAAUCCUGGCUGGCAGUGUACACAAAAAUUGCUCAAAGGGCUUCACUAAAUAUAAAUAACAAAGAUAUUUUCAUUACAAAUUUAUCUACGCUGUUCCGAUUUUAUCCAGAUUUUGAGUGGGACAUCAACAAGACUCAGGAUAAAAUCGAAGCUUCACGUUUCUUCAUUCAAACUGUGAAUGUCACCACAGCUGUUGAUGAGAAAAAUCUUUUAAACAAGCUGAGAGACACAGCAAAGCAGUGCAGCAUUCCGUUAAUGUUGUACCACCCAGCAUUCAUCUACUACGAUCAGUACCUGGUCAUAGUGCAGAACACCAUGCAGAACGUGCUCAUUGCUGCUGGGGCCAUGCUCAUUGUGUCUCUCCUGCUCAUCCCCAACCCCUUCUGCUGCCUGUGGGUAACGUUUGCCAUCGCUUCCGUUAUCAUUGGCGUGGCCGGUUUCAUGACAUUCUGGCAUGUCAAUCUAGAUUCCAUAUCCAUGAUCAACCUUGUCAUCUGUAUAGGAUUUUCGGUAGAUUUUUCUGCUCAUAUUUCCUAUGCCUUUGUUUCAAGUGAAAAGCCAUCAGCAAAUGAAAGGGCCAUAGAUGCUCUGUACAUGUUAGGUUACCCGGUACUGCAAGGUGCGAUUUCCACUAUAUUAGGAGUAGUUGUAUUGGCUGCAGCAAGAGCAUACAUCUUCAGAACAUUUUUCAAGAUUAUGUUUCUUGUUAUUUUGUUUGGGGCUCUUCAUGGUCUUGUUUUUAUUCCAGUAUUUUUAACCUUUUUUGGAAAUUUUGGCAGAUCACGCCCCAAUCCAGUACCUGAAGAAAGCCUCAAGACAGAGACUAGGUUUGGGGAUGAUAAAGACUGUCCAUAA